AUGGAAGACAUAAACAAGUGGCUAUUAUCAUCUUAUUUGAAUGAAAGUGUUAACCAUGAUUUUGCCAUCAGAAGGUAUUGUCCUGCAAGAAUGGAGGAAGAUCAAGAGGGAGUAGUGUUUGAUGAUACUGAAUUAUGUUCUUCUGAUGCAAGCACUCCUUGUUUGGCUUCAUCAGAAGUUGAUGACUUUGUUGACAGCUUCAUCAACAUGGAUCAGUAUGAGAAAGCAGAUGAAGGGCACCAAGAGAAGCAUCAAACUUUAGGCCACUGUAUGGUGAUGAAUAAUGAUGAUGCUGAUGCCGAUGCUGAUGAACACUCCUCCAUGAAUGGUGUCUUUGGAUAUCUUCCAACCACCAUGGAGGAUUCAGAGUUGGAAAUGUAUGAAAAUCUCACAAUGUUGGAAGAGGAGGUUGCAACAAUGAGUGACUCUUUUGGUACUUUACCAGAGUUUGUGCAUUGUGGAAAAGAGGCCAACCUUGGUGUGCAACAAGGGUUGGAGUUAGUUCAUAUGCUUCUGGCUUGUGCUGAAGCUGUGGGGUGCAGGGACAACCACCAAGCAGAGUUGCUGAUUAACAGAAUUUUUGCUUUGGCAAGCCCUUCAGGAGAUGCACUGCAGAGAGUUUCUUACUGUUUUGCCACAGGAUUGAAGUGCAGGUUCUCAAAAAGCACUUCCAUGGAUAUAACUUUGAUCAAUAGGGAGAACAAGCUUGAAGCAUUUCAUCUUCUUUACCAAACCACACCUUACAUUGCCUUUGGUUUCAUGGCAGCAAAUGAAGCCAUAUUCCAAGCAUCACAAGGAAAGAACUCAAUACACAUUGUUGAUCUAGGAAUGGAGCAUACCCUUCAAUGGUCUUCCCUUAUAAGGGCCUUUGCUUCAAGGCCUGAAGGGCCUCCAAUGGUUAGAAUCACUGGAUUAACACACAAUGAAGAAGAUACCUCUAAACUUCAAACCAGCAUGAAUGUGCUUGUGAAUGAAGCAAGCUCUUUGGGGAUUCAUCUUGAAUUUUUUACAAUUUCUGAGCCUGCAUCUUCUUCUCUUCUUACUGUGGAGAAGCUGAACUUGAGAAAAGGUGAAGCUUUAUUUGUUAACGGUAUCUUGCAGUUGCACAAGUAUGUGAAAGAGAGUAGGGGUAAUCUGAAGGAGAUUCUCCUAUCAGUGAAGAAGUUAGGUCCAACUGCUUUUACAGUGGUGGAGCAAGACACAAACCAUAAUGGCCCUUUUUUCCUUGGGAGAUUUUUGGAGUCACUUCACUAUUACUCAGCAAUAUUUGACUCUCUUGAGGCAUGCAUGCCAAGAAAUAGCCAACACAGGAUGAGGAUAGAGAGAUUGCACUUUGCAGAGGAAAUUCUGAAUAUUGUAGCUUGUGAGGGUUCAGAGAGAACAGAAAGACAUGAAAGGGUAGACCAAUGGAGAAGGCAAUUAGGCAGAGCAGGAUUUCAGGUGAUGCCAUUGAAGUGCACAAGCCAAGUUAGAAUGAUGCUUUCUGUUUAUGAUUGUGAUGGAUACACAUUAUCCAGUGAGAAGGGAAACCUUCUACUUGGAUGGAAAGGAAGGCCAGUGAUGAUGUCUUCUGCAUGGCAAGUGGCAAGUGUUUGA